AUGCAUUUACUUGUCUAUCCACCUAUUUUUCCUAUCCGUAUCAAAGUUCUUACAAAUUCCAUAUACAAAGCAAAUGUGACUGCACAUACUACUGGGGAGCUUUUGUUAGAGUCUCUUCAAAGUUAUGUAAAGAAUAAAAAUCACAAAUAUUUCCUUACUUACAAUGACAAGAACAUACAUAGUAAAGAAAAGCUAAAAGAGUUGGGAGUCAAAGAAGGAGACCUAAUUGAAGCAAGAUUGGAUAUAUUUUCAUUGUCAUCAGUAUCAUCAACAACGAUUGCUUCGGCAACAGAACAUAUUGAAUCCGCAUCAAUUCAACUUGAUAUAAAAACUCCUGCAGGAAAAACUAUAACUCUAAUAUUAUUUUCGAGUGACUGCAUUGAGGUCGUUAAACAAAAGAUUCAUGAAAAGGAAGGCAUUCCCCCUAAUCAACAACGAAUUUUCUUCGCCGAAAGAGUUUUGCGGGAUGAGUUUACCUUGGCUUAUUAUAAUAUCCAUAAAGAAUCCGUACUAAAUCUUGUACUCAAACUUAAUAUAGGAAUAUUUCAAAUUUUUGUAUUUUUGUUAACUGGACAAGGUAUUUCUCUAGAUGUUCAUUCAAGUGACGCUGUCUAUAUCGUUAAAGAAAUGAUUCAUGAAAGAGUAGGCAUUCCUUCUCAAGAACAACGUAUAAUUUUUGCUGGAAGACAACUGGAGGAUGGUCGCACUUUAGCGGAGUGCAAUAUCCAAUGUGAAUCCGAGUUACUCCUUGUACCCAGAUUGCGUGGUGGGAUGUUUCAAGAAACCAGUGGACGAAAAGAGUUCGAUGCAUUACCACCACUUACACAGUACUUGCAAACACCUGUGGAAUACCUACAAGAUGGAUUUCAUGUUGGCAUCAUUUGUGACUUUUGUGGUAAAGGUGAAUGGAAAGGAGCAAGAUAUAAAUGUUCUAAAUGCAUUGAUUAUGACUUGUGCCACGACUGUAUCCAAAUAUCUAACUUGCUUCAUAAUAUACAACACCAAUUUCUGAAAAUUAUGAAACCAUUGGAUUCAAAGGAUGUUCCAAAAGAGAUUUCCAUUGUUCCAGUUACUAUCUCCCCAAUACUUCCAAUUACAAAGGAAGAGAUGUUGACUUUAUUACGUGAAGAGGAACGGUUAAGAUUGUCGCCAGAAAUACAAAAACAAUAUUAUAAAGUUGGGAAAGAUCCCACACUUGGCAUGGACUGGAUGGAUGUCACAGAUAGGAUGCAGCAUAAGUUGGUCCAAGAUUCUGGCUAUUCAGAUGAAGCUGUACAAUUAAUGCGACGUGCUCCGCAACUUUAUCAAGAUGAUCCUGCAUUUCAUACCACUCAAUUAUAUGUUCGCAAUAACAUUGCUCGUAUUGGAGAUCUCACGGAAGGAAUGAUGGCACCCGAUUGCCCGUUAGUUCCUCUAGAAUCAUCAGCAACUGGUACAUCGAUAACAGUUUCAUUGCAUUCACUUUAUAAAUUAGGACGCCCUAUUGUUCUUCUCGGAGGUUCUUAUACAUGUCCUUUAUUCCGAUACAUAUCUCAUGUUCUCAAUGACAUAUAUAAGCGAUAUCGAACGCAUAUAGAUUUUCGCAUGAUUCAAAUUCGAGAAGCACAUGCUAGUGAUGUUUGGCCUAUUGGUAAUAUCGUAGAUGUUAAAGAACAUCGUACUUUAGCUGACCGUUUAGCUGCUGCACAAGAGAUGGUGCGGGAAACUCAACUAGAAAUUCCAGUGUUGGCAGAUACUUUGAAUGAUACUUUCUUAAGAUUGUACGCUUCGUGGCCUUUUCGCUUCUUUGUUAUUGUUGAUGGCAUCUUGAAACUUGUGGGGAUGAUAAAAGAGGCACGUUACGAUACGACAGAUCUUGUCGAUUGUUUAGACGCUCUCAUGAAAGACAAAAAGGAGGCUGGUGUUGUAUAA